AUGUCUUCCCCAGUCGACCUUCGCAACCCGGGCCGCCCAAUUCAUGUGGGUGUUGUGUUGCUGAACACUGUCACCGAACAACUCGACAUCGCCCCAGUAGGCUUCUUCUCCGGCCUCGAUCGCAACUUCCUCAGGGACAUGCCCACCGAGAUGGUAGACGAUGAGUCCAAGGCCCAGGGGCUAGACUUUGUCUAUCACUGGGUCAACGAGGAUGGCAAGACGCCCGCUAAGCUGACGACGGGUAUGAGUGUAUUGCCCACGGACUCCUUCGCUAGAUGCCCGCCACUGGACAUCAUCCUCAUUGGCGCAAGUAGAAUGGGCUACAAAGCCAAUGAAGCCGAGAAGGAGUUUCUGCGCAAGAGCUACAAUGAUUGCACGGCCAUACUCUGCGUAUGCGGGGGCUUCGAGCCGGUGCUGAGUGCAGGGCUCAUGGAGGGUAAGACUGCCACAGGACCACGGUUCAUGCUCCCGGUGCUGCGUGAACUCGGGCCUGGAGUGAACUGGGUCGAGAAGAGAUGGGUUCAGGAUGGGAAGAUCUGGACUACAGGUGCGCUGCUGAGCGGGUUCGAUAUGGUCGCUGCCUUUGGACGAGCGACUUGGGGAGACCGUCCUUUGGUCGAUGACUUCAUCAAAAAAGGAGGAUUCCCCGAGCGCGACAUUGAUUACUUGGAGCCCGAAGUGCUUGAUGAUGCUUAUCCGACAUCUUACAGACAAGGGGGUUAUUUAUUAUAUAAGGAUUCGGCAAAACCUUCCAUCCGCAGGGCGGGUUGUCGCUUACAAUUUCCCCCCGCUCUCCGUCGCCCUAUUAAUACCCAGCCUACCGUACGACCGCAAGAUGUCAUCAGGAUCCAUCGGAGCUAUACUAACGGAGAUAGGUGUAUCAAAUUUGGUUAUGACUGUACUCUUACCUCGAGCCACUGCCCUACCGGCAAUGAUCACUCAUCUGCAAACAACCCGUCGAAGAGCGGCAGCAGUGAGAGCCAGAAUGAGGACGUCGUCGCCUCGCUUUUCAAACACGCGCCAAAACACGGUGAUCAGUCGGCCCAGAUGUGUGAGAUGCAUCGUCAAAUGAUGUGCAAGCAGCUACUAGGUGAAGACACCUCUCGCCGUGCUCAGAGGACGAGUCAUGGUGCUACUAUGCCGCCUCCCACUCCGAUCCCGACAUCUAACGCUGAGUACAAGAGCCUCCGUGUCAGCAUGAAAGAGGCAGAUGAGCUUUUAUCUCACUUUCAGUCGAAAAAGGUGUACUUCCCGUUCGUGGAUGUACCGGAUAACCUCACAGCCGCCUCCAUGGCGAAAGUCCGUCCCUUCCUAUUCUUAGCGAUUCUCACUAUAUCAACAACGCAGCGGCCGCUUCUGCAGAGAAAGCUCGACGAGAGAUUCCGGCGGGUCUUGAGUGAAAGGAUUGUUCUUCAAGGGGAGAAAAGCCUGGAUUACGCUCAGGGUCUGCUGGUCUAUCUUGCAUGGCAUCCUAUCCACAUUCGACCAUUGAACAAUCAACUUUUUCAGUACCUGCAGAUACUUAGUAGUAUGCUGUCUGAUCUGCGGUUGGACCAAAAGCUACACGAAAUGGCUGCGCGCAAUGCCUGUCUCGGGUGUUAUAACCUGCUAUCACUCCUUUCCCUUGGCUUUCAGCGACGCAGUGAUUCCACGUUUUAUGAUAGUAUGAAGUCUGCCAUCGAAGAAACGACGACAGACGACAAACAUCACAGUCAUCAAACGAUGCUUUCCAGGACCCAGAUGCUGUGGGAAACUGUAGCUCGAGCAUCUGAGCAAGGAGGUGAUAAUCUUCCGAAAUGCUGCCUGUCAUUCCACCUGCAGAUCCAGGACCUUGAGGACAAGAUACGCUUUGAUGCCCCUGAGGCAGCUUCGCUACGUAUCUCUAUACUGUCACUGAAAGUGGUUACAGCCUACCUCCCCUGGACGGUUCAUAGGCCAAGCUCCAGCCAUAGGUCAUCUUCCGAGCCCUGUGCACCUCAGUAUCAAUCAGUCGAAAACUUGAAGGAAGCACGAUCAUGCUUGGCGGAGAUUCAAGGCUUUUUUGACUACUUUCUCUCAAUACCCGCUGAUAAUUAUAUCUACUUCUCCCUUAGGGAAUGGUGCCAGCUAAUCCUCACCAUUAGCACUGCCUCACAAAUAUGCUUCCUGACUCAUCCCUUCAUGGAUACCCAAUGGUAUGAGUUUCAGAUCAAGGCCCGAUCGCGAAUGCAAAUAUACUUGGAAAGCCUCUUACACCGGAUGUCGACCUUAUCCGUCUCGAAGGCUGGCGAAGCCCCUGAUAUCUUUUGCAUGUUUCAGUCGGUGUUGGACGUCGUUCUGGAAACAUACGCUGUCGCCAAGAUCAACUCUCCUCUGCAGUCGGUUUCAGAUCACUCGGGUACUGAAGACACAGACUCUCUGAGUGUGGGGGCAACAAGCACGACAUCCAGACGCUGUCCCAUGAUGAAUGGGGCUAUCAAGCAGACGGAGUUCUGGGAAGCAGUACAGCGGAGUAAUACCCUCUGUGUAGAAGGGACGGAAGCUAAAAGCAGUAGCCGGUAUUCGAGGGCGUUUGGGACCGGUAUGGAUGGACUGUUUGACGAUGCUCAGGAUUGGCCGAGUUUGUUUUCCGAAUGGGUCAGUUUGACUUAA